AUGAACCCCACCACCACCACCACCUCCUCCAUCCUCUUCUUCCUCCUCUCCUCCCUCCUCAUUGGGGCUCUUUGCUCAUCACCAGGCCAUGGAGUACAAGUUUCUCAGCCAAACUUGCUUCUUCUAGAUAUGGGCCUUCAAUCCAAGGUGUGGAAAUGGAGGGAGAAGAGCACACGGAGAUUGAUGAUUGGAUCCAUCGCACCGACAUGCACGUAUAACGAGUGCAGGGGGUGUCGAUCCAAGUGCACGGCCGAGCAAGUCCCCGUCGACGCCAACGAUCCCAUGAACACUGCUUACCACUACAAGUGUGUGUGUCACAGAUGACCCAUUUUGAAUUCAAGUCCACGAAAAAAAAAAAAAAAUAGUUAGUGGUGUGUCCCGUGAGUUAUUACAUAGUUCAAUUGAUGAAGAGAGAUAUGUUAAUUUCUUCUUGAUUUUUCCCUUUGUUUUCCUUUCUUUUUGAGUAGUUUAUUAGUGCUUA